GAACCACUCAAGUAGUUGGUAAGAGCAAAGUAAACAACGUUAGUAAAAAGUGUUUCGCUGCAACCAAACUCCAUGCUCUGUGAAGCUCACUAUUUACUAUUCUAUUCUAUUAUAUUGAUAUUUUGUCAGAUCAAAUCAAAUCAUUUGAAACCCUAAACAGUUCCGAUCCAAAUCCAAUACAAUUCCAUGUCUCCGAAGAAACCACACGAGCGCCAAAUGCUCGAGUCUGUGUAUUCCAUGAUCGCUCUGGUUCUCAUACUUGUCGCCUGCGUCGAGCUCUGUGACGCCGCCACCGUCGUCGACGUUUACCGUCUUAUUCAGUAUGACAUCUCCGGUGUCCCCUUCGGAUCUCGCCUCGCCAACCUUAACCACCACGCUGGCUCUUUGCAUUUCGCUCCUGGUGCCGAUCUUUCGCGUACCGUUGUCAUGAUUCCUGUUCGGGAACUAAAUAUCACUUUUGUUAAAGAGUACAUUACUCAAAGAAAGCCUCUCGGUGGGUUGUUGUUUUUGCUUCCCCAAAUGUUUAAUUUUGAAAAUAGAGGUGACACGGGGAAUAACCAUCAAAUACAUGACGACAAGCAGCUUAUGAAGAUCGUAUUGGUGGAGCUUGAACGAUUACUUUUACAUGCCAACAUACCUUAUCCUGUAUAUUUUGCUUUUGAAGAUGAUGACAUUGAUGCUGUGUUGGCUGAUGUCAAGAGGAGUGAUGCAACCGGCCAACCUGCUACUGCUACUACUGGCGGAUACAAGUUUGUUGUGUCAGCACCAGAACCUAAGAAAAUUGCAAUUCCCACCAUCACAAACAUUCAGGGAUGGUUGCCAGGUUUGAAAGCAGAUGGAGAUCCAAAUCAACUUCCAACCAUUGCUGUUGUUGCAUCAUAUGACACAUUUGGGACUGCUCCUGCAUUAUCAGUUGGAAGUGAUAGCAAUGGAAGUGGCGUGGUAGCUCUUCUUGAAAUAGCUAGGUUAUUUUCUCUUCUCUAUUCAAAUCCAAGGACAAGAGGAAGGUAUAAUUUACUUUUUGGGCUAACAUCUGGUGGACCUUAUAAUUACAAUGGAACUCAAAAGUGGCUAAGGAGCUUUGAUCAACGGUUACGUGAGAGCAUUGACUAUGCAAUUUGCUUAAAUAGUAUUGGCUCAUGGGAUAAUGAAUUGUGGAUUCAUGUGUCUAAGCCUCCUGAAAAUGCUUAUAUCAAACAAAUUUUUGAAGGUUUCUCUAGUGUAGCAAAAGAGUUAGGUGUUGAAGUUGGUCUGAAGCACAAGAAAAUCAAUAUUUCAAAUCCUAGAGUAGCUUGGGAGCAUGAACAGUUUUCAAGACUGAGGGUCACUGCUGCCACCAUUUCUGAACUCUCUGUAGCACCAGAAAUGUUAGAAAGCACUGGAGGUCUUUCCGAUAGCAGAAAUUUUGUAAAUGAAACUGCAAUUAUCAGAAGUAUCAAGUUAGUUGCUGAGAGUAUUGCGAGACAUGUCUACAAUUAUCAAGGGGAGAAAAUCAAAAUCUUCGCAGACGAUAGUAGUUUGGCUGUUAAUCCUGCUUAUGUACGGUCAUGGUUAGAUCUUUUGUCACGAACACCUCGAGUGGCACCGUUCCUUUCAAAGAAUGACCCCCUUGUGAUGGCAUUGAGAAAGGAACUAGAAGAUCAUGCUCCUGAAGUAACUGUACAACAUGAAGUGCUUGAUGGGAUCUUCACAUUCUAUGAUUCAACUAAAGCCAAGCUAAACAUAUAUCAGGUUGCUAGCGUAACAUUUGACUUGCUCUUGCUUCUUGUGCUGGGAUCGUAUUUAAUAUUGCUUUUCAGCUUUCUUGUCAUUACAACUAGGGGUCUUGAUGAUCUCAUAAGCUUAUUCCGACGGCCUCCCUCUCGCAAAGUGAAAACAGCUUGAUAAUUCGAACUGGAGUUGCCCUCCACAGAAUUCUCGUUGAAGAUUCUCUCUUGUAACUUAGAAUUUUAUCCCCGUCAGAGAGGAGUUGGGGAUCACUAGCAAUGUGUUGUUGAGUAGUUGAGAAUCAUUAGGGAUCAUUUAAAUUUUUGUCCUUGGAAGAUUUUUCAUAAUUUACUGGGGUAGAAUGAGACCUUUAACAUAGUCGCAAGAAAAAUUUUGUUACGAUACUGUUUUUUGUUCCCAGCAAAAUACCACUGCAAACAUUCUUUUCAUAAUAUUUGUAUUAAUUGGGAUGAUAGCUUCGUUCUUUA